AUGUCUUCAUAGAUACUAACAGAGUUUGAACAGUCGAGUCCUGAUUCUUCGUCCUGAAACAAAAACUUCUCCGGCUGAGUUCCUGGUCCUUCUUAUUAUUUUGAAGUAUUGAUGAAUUUAGGCAACCCUCCUGAGUUUGACCAACGUUUUUCACCCUAAUUCAUACUACAUCUCAACUUCUGUCAGAGAGGUAGCUUGUGAGAGCCUCACAAUGAACUGGGCUUUCCUUCAGGGCCUCCUCAGUGGGGUGAACAGGUACUCCACAGCGUUUGGCCGUGUGUGGCUGUCCAUUGUCUUCCUCUUCAGGAUCCUGGUGUUUGUUGUGGCCGCUGAGAAGGUGUGGGGCGACGAGCAGAAAGACUUCAGUUGCAACACGGCCCAGCCUGGCUGCCAUAAUGUCUGCUAUGACCACUUCUUCCCCGUGUCGCAUGUCCGCUUGUGGGCCCUACAACUCAUCUUUGUCACAUGUCCUUCUCUCCUGGUGGUGAUGCACGUGGCCUACAGGGAUGAACGUGAGCGUAAGCACGCUGAAAAAUACGGCGAAGGCUGCCGGAAACUCUACAAGGACACUGGCAAGAAACGCGGUGGGCUGUGGUGGACCUAUGUCUUGACCUUGAUCUUCAAGAUAGCUGUGGACGCCACCUUUGUGUAUCUCAUCUUCUAUAUAUACGAGGGCUAUGACUUCCCCAACCUCGUCAAGUGUCAGGAGGAGCCCUGCCCCAACGUAGUGGACUGCUUUAUCUCUCGGCCCACAGAGAAGCGUAUCUUCACCAUCUUCAUGGUGAUUACCAGCCUGGCCUGCAUCCUACUCUCCUUCUUUGAGGUCCUGUACCUGGUGGGCAAGCGCUGCAAAGAGGGCAUCGUCAGGAUGUGCAAAUCACGCUCCUCCUCCAGACAAACACGGCAGAGAGCCACUGUCAAUGGCAAGUAUGAAAUUGGGUCCAACUCGUUAAAGCUAUCCAGCAAGGAUACGUUGGUCCCAUCAUACCAUGUAACCAUGUCCUACUGAGGUAGCCUGGAAUAAAAGGGAGAAAAAAAGAUAUAUCUGCCAAGCUCCAACUGCUAUAAGUGCGGGUUUGCCAAAAAUGAAUAAUGACACGAUUGCAGUUGAUAAUGAAAAGAAAAAUAUUUCUUCAGGUAAUGACUGGAUACAGACAUUGCAUACUAAAUAAAAUGUUAAGUAGUAGUUGCAAUGGGAAAGGUCUUGUAUUUCUUAUCAGGCAUGUUCAACAGAUCUCUUUUGCCUAAGUUAAAGUAUAUUGGGACAGGUUUACUUUUGAAACUUCUGGAUCGUUUUUUACUGAAAGGAGUUUUGCUGACAGUUUACUCUUCAAAUGACUUGUACUAGCCAUUUUGUGUAUAAAUUAGGAACGCAACCAAGUAUUGCAACGCCUCUGGUUGGUUUACAGAUGAAAUGAUUUGUUUACAGUUUUUGCCACAAUUUAGGACAUGCUGAUGUAAACACUGAUGAGGAACUCGCUUAAAAUAAUGAAACACCCAGCAGUAACAGAGAAAAGUUUUGCUGUAGGGCUGGGAGAUGUUUUAUUUGUUUGCAGUCUAACAAACUUCUUCACUUUACAAUGGAUAUUUCAAGAAAUCAACCCUUGCCACCCUCUUCUCAUGUCAUUAGUGUUGUUAUGCCCUAGGUACUUUUUGUUACUGCCAGAGACUGGAUUUUUGCCUUACUGGGAAAAUGUGGUGUUGUAUAUAUGUUUUCACUCUACAAAUAGCAUUUACUUCCUUCUGUGGUAAUUUAUUUAAAAAUGAUUGAUAUGUUUUAGUCCAUUAUGCACAAACUGGGCUUUAAAAAUGACUGACUUCUAUUUUUAUGUGUUGAAUGUAUUUAAAAAUACAGUACUGUCACUGUAGAUUUGUGUUUCUGGUAACACAGCUGUUGAUUAUACAUCGCAAUGUAUAUUACAUGAAUGUAAACUGUGAUGCCCAAACUUGGAGGUAUGUCUCAGUACAGCUGCAGUUUAUUUUCAUUAAAAUGUCUUCCCUUUUUUUUUUUUUUUUUGCAUAUUCUUUAGGAUUUUCUGCUAAGUGCAACAUGUGAAAUUGCUGGGGAAAAAAACAC